AUGGAUGCCUCGUCACCUUUGGCUGCCAUGCACCCGGCCCCUGCCCCUGCAUGGGGCUCGUCACACGACAUAUACAGACCACACGCUCACUUAGGUAGUGGCCAGUCCUUCGGCUCAGGCACCCUUAAUAUUCGCGAGCAGUUACAACGAUCGAGGCCCGACUACUUCAACCUCAAGUCCGUCCGUGGAUCCUCGCCCACCGCAAGUCUUGCUGCAGACCUGUCCCAGAACUUCAGGAUAGACAAUGAGGGAAGCCCUCGUUUCCCGACGCCUCGCCGGGCACUAUUCACCUCGAACAUGAUGGGAUCUAUGGAGGGCCGAGAUUAUGUCACGACGCCCCCUUUACCGGCUUCGUCGUCACCAGUUCCAAUAAGCGUCGGCGACAUGAUGGAGAUGGACAUCUCUCCUCUACCCCACAAGGGCCCAUAUUGCACCGCCUCCAUCGAAGUCACCUCGCCAACCCCGGGCGAACUCCCCGAAGACGAUGACGACGAUGACUACAUGAUGGUCGAGUCCCCCGUGGGCAUGGCACGCGGCGGUGGCGGUUUGGAACCUCCCAAACCAAUCAUCCCGGACAGCCGCAAGCGUGUUGCUCUUCGACGGCCGUCCCUUUCGAGGACCAAAGGUCACUCGACAAGCUCACUAGUCAACCGCUUACACCCGGAAGGCCAGUUUGCUCAUUUCAGAUUUGGUUCUGACUCUCGUGUCCCCACAACAGCAUCUUCUUCCUUGUCCCUAGGUGAAUGCUUCCAAGACUCGCCUCCCCAGGAGAAGAGGCCGCAAUCUGCCAACAGUCCUUCAUCAAGCGGACCUGGAUCCUUCCGGCCCAAACCCCAGUUUGCUAGCCUGACCGGUACCAGAGAGCACCGCAAUGGAUCACCCAUAUCGGCGCACCCACGACGCCCCUCAAAUCCAUUCCAGCGUCCUCGUCGCCAAUACCGACGGUCGCUGAGCAUGUUCGAAAACCCCGUUGAUGUUGUCAAGCCAAAGACGAGUGACCCCGCUCCUCAGAGCUCCCUGCAGUGUGUCAUGGACAUCGAAGAUGUGCAAGAUCCCAUGCUUCCUCAUUUCUUCCCUGAAGGACAAAAUGAUAGUAUUCCUCGUAUUUCUCAGGAGACCUUCUUGGAUGUUCUGGAUGGAAAGUACGAGGAGAAGUACACCCAGCGGAUAGUUAUCGACUGCCGCUUCGAGUAUGAGUACGAGGGCGGCCACAUUGAUGGUGCAAUCAACUACAAUGACAAGGAGCUCCUAGCACGCCAUCUUUUCGAAACCCCAAUGGAAGGCAAGAUCCUGAUGAUCAUGCAUUGUGAAUACUCGGCUCACCGUGCACCCAUGAUGGCACGCCACAUCCGUGCUGAAGAUCGAACUGUCAACGCAGAGUUCUACCCCAAGCUCACAUACCCGGACGUUUAUAUCCUGCAUGGUGGCUACAGUGAGUUCUUCACGCAGCACCAAGGAAGAUGUUACCCUCAGUCUUACGUCGAGAUGAAUGACGAGGAACAUGCUGCAACUUGUGAGCGUGAAAUGGGCAAACUGCAGCAGAAGAGAAAGGGUCUUAACCGAGCAAAGACCUUUGCCUUCGGUGCUCGCGACUCAAUGGUGGACGCGUCACCAACCGCUCCUGGCCGUGCUAGCAUGCAGGAGUCCCCUGUCAUGAUGAUUGGCAACUCUCCCAUAUUGGGGGCUGAUCGCUCAGCCACCCGAAGAAUGGCAUCAUACUAA